UCCUCCCGAGAUGGCACGAAGGUUUGACGGGCUCUCACCGACCACUCUACGUCUGCGUCUCAAGGAGGAAAUUCCCUCUCUCUCGGAGAGCAUCCUCGACAACAUCCUUGAGCACAAGAUUGAUGGGGAAGUGUUUUUGAGUCUAAAUGAUGAAAAUCUGCGUGAAAUAGCUCCGCUUCUUGGCGACCGUCUGAAAAUCAAGCGGUUGAUAUCGGAAACACUUGUGAAACUGGACACUCCUCCUAGCAGCACAUCACCUAAUACUCCCUCAACUGGUCCGCUGGUCCUGUUACCAAGCCAUUUGAAGGACUGACCUCUUUCCAUCAGCAGCUUCACUAUUGUCGCAAUAAACUCAACUUAAUUGUAAGUUUAUACACUAACCCAUAUCUUCCUUGCACGUGUGUACAUAUACAGGUAUACUAGUAGGCGAAUGCAUGGCAUUUUUGG